AUGAUGGAAACUGAAACUAUACCUGAAAUUAAUUUUUUCAAAAUUGAAUUAAUUCGAAAUUCAACAUUGGCAAUUUUAAAAAAAAUAUUUAAGAAUAGAUGGCAAAAAGAAUUUAAAAGUGAAUGGAAAAGUGAAAAUGGUGUAUCUUUAAAAAAAAUUUUAAAAAGUAAAAAAUUUGAAGAAUCAAUUGUAACAAAUAUUCAAAAUGGUAAUUUAAAUGGUUGGAAUCUUGAAAUACUUUGUUUAAUUUUAUUAAAUUUUCCAAAUAAAAGAAUUGAUGAUAAAAAUAAUGAAAUAAUAUCAACUCAAAAUAAAUUAAUUUUAAAUAUAAAUGAAAUUAAUAAUAAUUUUUUAAAGAUAAAUGAAAAUAAAAAUAUUGAAGAAACUUUUAAAAUUAAAGAAAAUGAAUAUAAAAAGAUGAAAGAAAUUUUAUUUCAAUCAAUACUUGGAUUAAUGGAAAAAGAAGAAGGUGAAUCAUUUAUAAGAUUAAUUAAAGAUAGAAUUGAUGUUGUGCCAAGUAAAGAGACGAUUGAGAGAUGUAAGAUUGGUGGUGAUAGUGAGGAGGAGGCGGAUGCUAAUAAGUUUGUGGAGAUGGGAGAGAUUGAAUUUGAAAAAUUCAAUUUUCAAAGAUCAAUCGAUUGUUAUAAUGAUGCGUUGUUGUAUAAUGGGUUCAAUGAUAUUAAGAGAUCGUUACUGCUAUCGAGACUAUCGAUGAUCAAUUUAAGAUACUAUCAACAGAUGAUGCUAGACAGUGAGUAUAGUUAUAUAUUCUAUAUAAAGAAACAGCAAUUGGAGGACUCUAAAAGGGAUGCCGUCUUGGCAUGCUCGCUCUGUCCGUUGCAGUAUCAAGGCUAUUUCAGAGGUGCUCAGAUUCUAUGCUUUUUGGGGUACUUGGAAGUGGCAAUCUCUUUCUUAAAUGCUGCACUUGCAAUUGAUGAAUGUAAUGCAGACGUAUUGGAAUUUAAAAAUCAAAUUCAGUUAAAGAUAGAUUCGCGAUGUUGGGCCGUUGAUAAAUUCACGUCAGAGAGAAAGAGGGAUUUUGAGAAAGAGGCGGAAAACUUUAUUGAGGCUCAUAAAUAUACAGAGUAUUAUAAUGGUAAAGAUUUACAAUUGGAUACCUAUACCAAGGGCAUUGAUGAAAUGUCCAAAUUGUAUCAUUUACCAAGACAGCAUUUUGUGAAUAUUGCAUGCUCAAGAGUUGCAGGUACUUAUUCAAAAAAGAAAAACUAUGAAAUGGCAAUUAAGUAUCUCAGUCAUGCUGCGGGUGGCGAUUUUGCGAUUUGCGCCUACAGAUUGGGUUCGAUAUAUGAACGUGGUCUAGGUGUGGAAAAGGAUUUAAAUUUAGCAUUGUCACUUUACUAUGAGGCAUCUUUGAAACCAUUGAAAUUUGAAAUACCAAAUGAUAUACCCGAUAUGCGAGAAGAGAAUAAACAAUUGAUGGAAAGGAAUGAAGGUGUCAAUAUGGCAUGCGUGGUGUUGGGUCAUAUAUUUUCCAAAGGUAUCGGCGCAGAGAUUGAUAUGGAUCAGGCUAUUCACUACUAUGAACGUGCAGUCAAUCAAUCCAAUUCACCAGAAGCACUAUUAUCAUUGGCUCAAAUUAGUUUCUAUGGUAUGGAUGGUAAAGAACCAAAUAAAAAGAAAGCAAUUGAAUUGGUUAAACGUGGUGCUGAUCUUGGUGAUAAAGAUUGUCAACGUGAAUACUAUCAUUUCUCUGGUACACCUCCACCAAAUAAACUCACUGGUGUCGGUAUCAAUGCUUCUUUUAAAACUUUCUUUAUUCUCAUGUUUACUUUUUUAAUUAUUUUUUCAAUUUUUUGUAAAUUUUUAAUUGAUUAUUUUAAUAAUAAAAAAUAA